CGUCCCGCGCCCGUCGCCCGAGCGCCCGCGUCGCUGUGUCGUGCAAUAAAACCGGCCCGAAUGCCGGAGAACCAGUCGGCGGGAUGGCGAGUCUCGGCGUGCUAGUAGCGCCAUGUUGAAACAUACGCAGCGGCCGCCAGCGGCGAACGAUGCCGACCACCGCUACCAGAACAUGCCGCGGCGGCCGCACCACCACCUGCCCCUCAACGUGUCAACCCUGGACUCGUCCAAGCACUCCGUCGGGGGCACCUCGGCGAGCGUCAGCCCCGGCGCGCAGCCGGCCACCACCACGGCGCCAGUGUCAGUCGUCGCCCCCAUACCGGUUGCGUCUCCCCCGAAGCUCGCGAAUGGGAAUGCGACAGGCGUCCCGCCGCCCCGGCCGGCGGCCGUCAGGAACAGGAGCACAAGAGCGGCCACGGAGGAGGCCCUGACCUCCCUCGCGCUGCUGUGCCUCGUCAGCUUGCUGCUGGCUCUGCUCGCGCUGCUGUUCCUCCUGAAGAUAUCGGCGCCCGCGACCAGUGCGCCCGAGGAGUUUGCAGUGGUGUACGAAGUGACAUUAGCGUUGUGUGCGUUGACGCUAUCAUUGAAUCUUUGCUGUUUGCUCGUGUGUGCAAUACAGUUCCUCUUUGCUGUGAAAUUGGUGCAUUCCCCUUCCGCGCCUAAUGGACGAUCAAACAAGUACCUGCAGAAGUCGGCGAUCACUAGAGUAUGCGCCGUCGGAGGUUUCUUUAUAUCCAUACCGGUAUUUUUAACAGGAAUAAUACUCUACACCUUCAUCCAGUUCCACUCAACGCCAGCCAUCGUAACCUCAGUGUUCAUUGGCGUUGGCAUAAUCUUUUGCGGCUGCGCGAUGGUACACAACGUCUUCGUAUGGCAAAAAGAAAAAACGAACUUAGUUAAGGCCUUUCGAACCCAAGAACUUAAUACUACGACAACGUCGCCUAAUUUAAAUACGUCCAAUGGAGUUAUAAUUGGCAAUGGGCAUCUGAAUAAUACAGGAAUGGGGAAUCUGAGCUUUCAUAGCAUGACUGCCGGCGGUGCGUAUACGCAUCCUAUCACGUUGUUGCAACAAGGAGGUCCUUAUAUUAUAAGACCUCCAACAAGCACGCCACCAGGAGAAGGUGCUGCGACGCCGGGAGUCCCAGCAGCUACCAUCGACCUGAGCCAUGACACGCACGAGCUCAGCACACUCGUAUGAGCCGCGACGUGUCUUAUGCGAAGCGCCUCAGUUUGUUCGAAGCGCCUUACAUUAUUCGAGGCGCCUUACAUUAUUCGAAGAGGUUAUACGAAGCGCCUCAGUUUAUUCGAGGAGAAUUUUGCGAAGUGAAUCUCUUCAUUCAAAGAGUUCAUUCGGAGCUCUUCAGUUUAUUCGAAGAGUUUAUGAGAAGCGCUUCACUUUAUUCGAAGCGCCUUACUUUAUUCGAAAACAUUAAAUGCAAGUUCAAUGUGACUGUUAUGCAAUAUGAUAUAGUUUUUAUAACAUGUUAACUUUCAAAAGCGUUUUUUGCUAGGCAUUGGCUAACCUGAAAGAAUGUGGUUUCAUAUAAUUUUAAAGUCAAUAGUGGAGAAAUAUAUCCUUAACUGUCUUCAUCUCUUUAAACUUCAUCAAAAUAAAUAGAAAUGAAUGAUGAUCAUUGUUACAAAAUUAAU